AUGAACAAUUGUCAAAGUAAUAAAAUCAAAUGUCCGGAAAUCGGAUGCGAUACUGUAACUCGAGGUGAUAAUUUGCGUCGACAUCUGAAAAAUGUUCACAAAUACACAGAAGAUCAAGUUAUAUUGUUCAAUAAAACUUUGAAAUCUAUGAAACGCAUCGAAAAUAGUGGGAAUGUAUGGAAUUGUCCUAAAGAAAACUGUUCAACAUCUUGUUCCAAAUAUUCCGGAAUUUUGUCACACUUAUCAAGAAUGCACAAAGAUGAACAAGGAGUUUUGAAAAAGGUUCAGUUAUAGUACUUAUUUUUUGUAUAUUUUUGUUUACAGAAGUUGGAACAAGACAAAAGUGUACAUGGCAAACUUGAAUUCGUUGUACAAAUUCUGAAAGAAGAUCAAGAAAAAGAAGAAAAAUCAACGUUGAAUUGUGUUUUCGAUAACUGUUGUAAAAAGUCUGCGAAUCGAGAAAAACUUUGUGAACAUCUGAGAAAUGAUCAUAAUAUGAAUCAAAGAUUCCAAGUGGAAAAUGAAAAAUUUGAUAGUAAAGCAGUAUUUGAUGUUUGGUUGAAUAAACGAAAAGAAAGUACUUGUACAACUUUUGUAUCUUGUGGAACAGCAACUGACAACAACAUUACCACACAAUAUUUCAAAUGUAGUUAUGAAGGUUCAUACGAUUCCAUUGCCACAAAAAAUCGGAAAAAGAAAUCGAGAAAACAAACAGGCGAAAAGUGUUGCUCUGCAUUUAUGAGAGUAGGUUUUCGAUAGACAACAAGAUAUUUUUAGUUGACAAUAUUUUUUUCAGGUUGUGAAAAAUCCAGAUGAAAGUUAUUCGAUUAUUGCUUGUUUUGAUCACGAGGGGCAUGACAAAUUAGACUGGGCAAAACAAAAGUAUACAGAUGCUCAAAUAUCAGUAAUCAAAAAGUAUGUGAAAAAAAAAACAAAAUUCCCGGUUAAUUCUAAAAUUUAUCAGGUUGAUCGAUGAAAAACAAACAAAUGAACAAAUCAUUGCAAAAUUACGCAGAGAAUAUCCGGAUUCCAACAGACUUCAUUAUGUAUUGAACGAAGAUAUAAGGUGAAUCUUUUGAAAGCAAUCAAACCAUACACACCUGGAAAGAGUGUUUAAAAAAUUUUCGUUAAAUUUAGAAUUUUUUUAAAUUUUUAUCAAAAUCCGCUGAAAAUCAAUGAAAACUACACUUCUCGGAAAAAAUGUAGAGUGUGGCUUUUAAAAGUUUUUGUACAGUGUCCCUGUCAUAUUCAUAUUUUCAUAUGAGUUUUUUAACGACAAAUCAAAAUUGAAAAUUUUCUAAAAUUCAUCACUUUCAAACAUACGAUAGUUAAAUAAUGAUUUUUGAAAAUAGAUUUUGAGAUAUUUUGAGAUAAAAAUUCUUAGAUAUUUCAAAACAAUUUUUUUGUUGAGAAUUUCGAAUAAAAAAGUUUCAGAUCAUUUUACCUACUGAUAAGAAAUGUAAUCUUCUAAAAAAUACAAAACAUGUAAUUUGAGAAAAAAUGUACCGUACUAUAAAAUUUGUGGGAAAUGAAACUACACUAAAAUUUUAAAAACUGACAAAUGAACCGAAUUGCAAAUAAAGGAAAAAUUCAGAGUUAUCCGCGAAAGAUUUGAUUUAUUUGACGGGCGAUGUGACAAAAAUGAUCUGACAUCUAUUCAAAAAUUGAAAGAAGAACACCCUGAAUAUGGAAUUCGAUUAUUGCGACUACCUUUCAAUUCUACUGGUCAAGGAUUUAUCUUAGGUAAAACUGAAAAUCAAGGUUGCUCAAGUGGGUCCUAGAGCGAAUAUUUGGAAAUAUACAUAUUCUUAAACUUUUAGAACAGUUCAUCAAACAUUAGAUGGUUAGAACAAAAAAAAAAUACAAAAUAUUAUGAAGAAUAUCUUUAAUUUCAAAACAAUAUCGAGCAUGUUAUCAUAAUCGACAAAUAGAAUAUUAGCGCACCGAUAUAUCUAACAUAAGAUAGAAUCAACUUUUCUUCCAAACUCAUUCCAUUUCAUAAACCAAUUUGAGCAGCCUUGUUGUUACUAAAGUCUUGAAAUCAGUGAAUAACAGAUCAAAUAUUUCUAGUUAUGAUUUUGCCCGAACAAGAAGAAGCUUUGAAAAAACUCUCCUGGAGAGUUGUGGUUCUGGAUGAAACUCACAACAUUACUAGAUACGAUCUCAAGUUAACGACAAUGCUCGUUAUGGACGAAAAUGAUCGAGGUGUCCCAGUAGGUGGGUUAAUUUAGUCAGUUUAUAAAAAAAAAUCGAAGAAAAUUAAUUAAACUAUGACAAUACUUCACUAAAUGAGCAUGUUGAAAUUCCAAAAUUUUGACAACUACGAAUCCUUCUAUUGUCAAUUCAGAAAAUAAAAGAUCCCCUGUUUGAAUAGGCGCUCACGUACAGCAAACUGAAAAGCCAGUGUGUAAAUUUCGAAUUAUAUUUUUCAAAUUUUUUCGGAUUGGCAAUACGGUAUUAUCCACGUCAACCGAAAUGAGAUGAAAAAAUAAAAAAUUUGUGUGUCGCUGCAGUAAUCUCAACACACAUUACUAUGAGGAUUACUGUAGCGACACACAAAAUUUUUAUUUUUUAUUUCAUUUCGGUGCCACACAAUUUGACGUUGAUAAUACCGUGCAUAAAAUUACACAAAACUUCAAAUGUUUUAUAUACACCAGAUUAUUUCUGCGGGGAUCAAAAACAUUUCAAAAAAUAAGAAAAACUUCUGAGUCAAUUAUUAAAAAUCAAGGGGUCAAAUAGUUCGUAUUAAAAUUGAAAAAUUCUGAAAAAUUGAACACAUCGAGCGAGUCAUUCUUUAAUCAAUCAUUCUUUACAAAGUCGUAGAUUGGAAAAACAAACCAAUGAUAUUUGGAAAAAAAGAUAGUUAUGAUUCUAAAAUUAAUUCAGGAUUUAUGCUAUCCAACUGCUCUUCGACAGAAGAAUUGAGAUUCUUCUUCCGGGAGGUGAAGAGAAUUUUUCCGGAAUUUUGUCCAGAAGUGUUCAUGACGGAUGAGGCUGGAGCAUUUUGGAAUGCAUAUGUCUAUGUAAAUGAAAGUGCCAGUUUCAUGUUAUAAUAUUUUUCUUUAGGAAUUUCCACAAAACCGUUUCAUCACAUUGAAACUUUGGUGCCGAUGGCACGUUAUUCGUGCACUUGGAAAAAGAGCUCAAGAAACAUUGAAAGUAAGAAUUUCGUAAAAGAUAUAAUAAAAUCUACUAUAUACUAAUUGGAUAACAAUUAAAAUAUAAAUGACAAUAAUUACAGGCAGAACACGUAUAUUAUGUUAUGCAACUAUUGAAUUUGAUAAUGAGAACACCAAGCGAAUAUACAUUGAAAUCUGAGCUGAAUAAAUUAUAUUCACAUCUUCAAACUCUGGAUUAUGAAAAUGCGAGAAGUUUUGCGAAAUAUUUCAAAAAGAGAUAUGAAAGUGAGACCUAAUAACAUCGAAUGUUUCCAUUACAAAAAGAAAUUCCAGAGAACAAAAAGCUAUGGUGCACUGUUUAUAGAGAUAAUAGUCCGGUUCAAACUUCAAUGAUGGCAGAAUCGUGGAAUUCGAAAAUUAAGGUUGAAAAAAAGUAGAAACAAGUUGUAAUGAUAGAAUAUUUUUCCAGAGAGAACGACUGAAAAACAAGUUGCAAAUUCGAGUUGACAAUCUGACCUAUAAUUUAAGAGAUACUUGUUUGGAUAUGAUGAUUCAGCGAAAAGUCGAAAUUGCUCGAGAUAUUGCUCGUGCUAAUUUAAGAUCAUGCGAGCAAAGAAAGUUACAUCAAUUGGCCGUUAAAUUGCAGCUCGAAUUCGAAAUUGAAGAAACGUCAGAAGAAAGUUCAGUUUUUCUAAUCGAAAAAAAGAACCAAACCGUUUUUGUUGUCACAUACGAAAAUCGAUGCAUCUGUGACACCAAGGUUAGUUAACUAAUGGAUCAAUUCAUUUGAAGAAAAAAAUAAUUUCGCGAUUUUUUUUUGUCGCAAAACUGGAGAGUUUCGAUCAAUGUGCGUGAUAAUUCGAGUACUCUCUGAAAACCGAUAAAAUUUCGAUUUUUGUGAGAAACUAACAGUGCUUUGCAUUUUUUUUUAUUGAAAAAAAUUAUGAGUUUCGCGGAAAGUUAUCAAAAGACAAAAUUCGAAAUAAAGAAUCAAAAACUUAUUAAUGAAAAAGUAUACUGUAGUUUUUUCACAAUGUUGAAAUUUUAGGCGCCCGUUUCGCCGCCUAAAAACAGAAAUGGCUCAUUUUUUCACGUGUCGACGAAUAUUUUUUCAUAACGAAAAUUUUUCGGCGGCGAACGGAAACUUAUGCUUCAAACUUAUUCUCAAAAAAACGUGAUUUCUUUUAGAACAAUAGCCUUUCGGUACAAAAUCAAAAAAAAUUUUAAAAAAACUUUUUCAUAUAUCAACAACAUCCUGUUAGUUUGUUUCGAUUUUCCAAUUUUGGCAGAUCAUUUAAACAUUGUGAAAAAACCACAGUAUUCAAGAAUGAAACAAUAAUUUACACUUUUAUCAUGAAUAAACUUUUAUUUCUUUUUUUCGAAUUUUUCUUCUGACAAAGACAACUUUUCCGCAAAAUUCAUAAUUUUUCGCUAAAAAAUAUCCUAAGAUCGCUUGAUACUCAUCACGCUCAAAGUGCUUUUCACUGGUGCCUGUUUCGGUUUGAUGCUCAGACAGAGAAAAAUGGAAAAUAAGAUUCCAGUUUUUUUGAGAUUCACGUGUCCUUAUAUAAAUUAGAAAAAUUUUCGUGUACAGUACCAUUAAGCAAACAAUUAUAGCAAGUAAACAAUAAGCCGGCAUUUUUGGAAUUUAGUAAGUCCACCUUUGAAUUAAUUAUUCCGAAUUUCGAUUUUUCACAGCAUUUUCUUGGUAAAUUAGAUCUUAUAAAUAUGAAAAUUCGAUUUCACAAAAAAUUAUCAAUUUUCUCAUACAGAAAAACAGCCAUUGUGAAAAUUGUGGAGUGUGCUGGUCAAAUGUAACUUGUACUUGUACUGAUCAAGUGUCAGGCCGCAAUUGCAUUCAUUGUCACAUCGCUGUUUUAUUCAGACGUAAGUAUAUUUGAAUUCAAAAAAUUAUAGAAUUUUGAAAACAAUGAACUCAUUUCAGCCUCUAUUUUCCGAACCGAAAAAGCGAAUCCAGAUGUUGAUGAUAUAGUUCCAGCAAAUUCAGAAACGAAUAACGAGGAAGAAAGUGAAUUAAAUUUAGAGUUAGAUCUAGAAAAUGAUGAUGAAUAUGGGGAACAGAAUGAAAAUAUGAAAGGAGCUGGAGAUCAUGAUAUCGAAAAUUCGGAUGAUAAUGGUGAUUCCGAGAAUGUGAUUGAUAUGGAAGACGGGGAAGAUACCGAUGAUGAAGAAAAUGAGAAAUAUCGUGAUAUCGCAAUGGCUAACAUCACUUCCAUCAAAAAUGUAAUAAACAUCCAUACAUACUUAUAAAUCAACCUAAUUUUACAGGCGUAUAAUUGUAUUGAGACACAAUUGAGAAGUUUAUCUAGAAACUCUACUUCAAAAUGCGCUAAAAUAUCUUCGGAUAUUGCUCAAGUUUUCGAGAAAAUUGCACGAGAAUUAGUUGGUGAUAAGGCCUUCAAAUCUCCUGGUCUAAUUACUCGAGCAAAUCUUGGAUCUGCAAAUUCUCAGCCCUUAACAGCAAAUGCUGUAAUGAAUUUCACAAUGCAAAAAAAGGUAUCAAGAAAACAGUUCGAAGAAAAAGACAUUUUGAAUUUCUAUUUCGUUUUACAGAGCAAAAACAUCAGAAAAAGAAAACACCCUCAAGAUGAAGAUGAAAACCAUCGUCAAGAAAGUCAAAUUUGUUGUUGCAUUUGUGAUCAAGUGAGUUUCAUGGUUUGUUUUCCUUUAAUGUUUUUUUCUAUAGAAAGAAGCUCCUUCAUCUUCAUCGGGUGAAUCUUCAUCUGAGUUAAAUAUGCAAUGUUCCGUCUGCCCAUUCCGUGCACAUGAAGUUUGCACUAGAAACUUGAGAUAUAACAUUUGUUCAAUUUGUGAGAAAGGAUCUUACUUCAAUCUCUUCUAG